AAGUUGUGUUUUUUGAUUCUCGUCGUAUUGUCGUCGUUUCUGAAUUGUUGUAUAUCGGUACCAAAAAUACACACUUAUUGCAUACUCACGCCACGGCGCCCACAAAUGUACAUUCGUUUGUACAUGCACGUAGUGUUUAAAAUACAUCGGAAUCAGUUUAAAAACCCUUAGUGUGUGCGUGCUAAACUUAGUUUUGAAACACUCAUUUGCAACGAAGGAAAUUUUCCAGUUUUUUUCGUCAGAGUCCUGAAAAUUGGUGUGGUAUACUUUGCGGCGCUCUCAAAUAAAAUAAUCUUUCUGGCAUACCAUAUAUCUUUUUCGUAGUGGAUAUCGUUGACGACGCGCUUCUAACUGGGCUAUAGUAAGAGCUUAGAUCAGAAAUUGGCAUUUUGUUACCCACUCGGCGUGAGCAUCUGUAAAGGACAUCACAGCAGUAUUAUAUCUACAGCCAAUUAUUUGAUUUACUCUUCAUCUCUAUAUUUGUCUAUUGAACAAGUUUUUUUCGAAAAAGAAAGCCCAGCAGUUUCCGCACCAUGGUCGAAGGUCAGACAGCCGUGCAACAGCAGCAGCCACCAUCCGGAGCGGGCGGUGCUGGCGGCGUUGGAAGCACUACCGGAUCUGGCGGAGGGCCGACUCCUGCCAGCAAUGUGACCAAUAGCCAGGCUCAAACCAAUGGUGGUACAGCAGCGGCCAAUACUGCGGCAGCGAGCACUGGAUCCACAACAAAUGCGGCCGGUGGCCAAGCCACUGCUAACAAUGCGACGAACAACAACAACAACAAUAGUAACAACAACAACAAUAACGCCACGGCAAACAACAACAACAAUAAUAAUGAACCAGAUCCCAAGACCAAUUUAAUUGUGAACUAUUUGCCGCAGACAAUGUCGCAGGACGAGAUUCGUUCGUUGUUCGUCAGCUUUGGCGAGGUGGAAAGCUGCAAGUUGAUUCGCGACAAAGUAACAGGUCAAAGUCUAGGCUACGGUUUCGUCAACUACGUUAAGCAGGAGGAUGCGGAAAAGGCAAUCAAUGCGUUGAAUGGCCUGCGGCUGCAGAACAAAACCAUCAAGGUCUCCAUUGCACGCCCCAGCUCCGAGAGCAUCAAGGGUGCCAAUCUCUAUGUAUCGGGUCUUCCAAAAAAUAUGACGCAGUCGGAUUUGGAAUCAUUGUUCAGUCCAUACGGCAAGAUCAUAACCUCGCGUAUUCUUUGUGAUAAUAUCACUGGUCUCUCCAAGGGCGUUGGUUUUAUACGCUUCGAUCAGCGAUUUGAGGCCGAUCGGGCCAUUAAGGAGCUAAACGGCACAACUCCGAAGAAUUCCACCGAACCAAUAACCGUUAAGUUCGCCAACAAUCCUAGCAGCAAUAAGAACAGCAUGCAGCCGCUGGCAGCCUACAUAGCGCCCCAGAAUACGCGGGGCGGACGAGCAUUUCCGGCCAAUGCUGCUGCCGGAGCGGCAGCCGCCGCCGCAGCAGCUGCCAUUCACCCCAACGCGGGCCGUUACAGCUCUGUAAUUUCGCGCUACUCGCCGUUGACUAGCGACCUGAUCACCAAUGGCAUGAUCCAAGGCAACACCAUUGCAAGCUCUGGCUGGUGCAUUUUCGUCUACAACCUGGCGCCAGAGACCGAGGAGAAUGUGCUGUGGCAACUGUUUGGACCGUUUGGAGCAGUGCAGUCAGUCAAGGUAAUUCGUGAUCUACAGAGUAAUAAGUGCAAGGGCUUUGGAUUUGUCACCAUGACAAACUAUGAAGAAGCGGUCCUGGCCAUUCAGUCCCUAAACGGUUACACACUUGGCAACCGAGUGCUUCAGGUCAGCUUCAAGACCAACAAGAACAAGCAAACGUAAUUAUUAACCAAGUUGGCUGCUGUUGUCAAUGCCAAUGCGGCGGCGGCGGCUUUCGCGGCCAAUGGUCUAGUCCUCCACAAUCAUCACCACCACAGCAACAUCAGUAGCAUCAACAAUAACAAUAACAUCAACAGCAAUGGCUGCAAUACAGCAGCCUAUCAACUUGGCAAAUACUUUAACCACAGCAACAACAGGCAGCACAACAUGAACAGUAACAACACUAGCAACACGAGCAAACAGAAGCAAGCGAACUCGAGCAACAAGCAACAAUCAAUGGCGCCACCAAAGAGAUUAGCAAGCAGCACUGCGGCCACAGCAGGAGAAGUGGCGGUGGGCACAACAGCCACCAACAACAGUAGCAGCAGUCUCUCACAGUCCAGUGGCGAUGCCAGCGGAGCCACUGUCACCGCCGCAUCCUCCUCGCCGUCCUCGAGCAACAUCCUGAAGACAUCCACUAAAUUCAUUUACAACAAGCCCCAGAAUCACUACGAGCUGCUGCAGCAGCAGCUGCAACUGCAGCAGGAGUUCGCCCAGUUCUUGACAAAUGUGGCCAACACUGCCGCAGCCCCAACCAGCAACAGUUCGACCGGCUCGGGGAACCAGCGCAAUGGAGGAGGAACCAUCGGCAUGGGUCUGGGAAUGACGGCCAAUCAUUCAUCCGGCGGUGGUUCGGGAAACAAAAACAGUAACAGCAGCAACGGCUAUAUGCCCACCUGGUCUAAUUGGUUCUUUUAAAGUUUUUUUUUGGUUUGUCAUCAGCCCAUUUCAUGAAUUCUUUGUAGAUUUUGGCAACUAUGUAUAUCUCAGUUUUGGUUAUUUGCACUUAGUUUGAAGAACGUGAAGCCCUUCGAACAGUUCGUUUUCUGAGUUUUUCUUUUGUUUUGCAGUCGAAUAUAAGUUACUAUCGCUUUUAAAAAAUAUGUUUUUUUUUUUGUUGAUUGAGUUUUGAAAUACAGAAUUUUUUCAUUUUUGCAUAUAUGUUUAUGGAUUAAAUUUAAUUCGUAGAACGUAACUUUUUCGUUGAUGGUUUUUUUAUAACGUCUAGUCGACUCUCGCAAAGAGAAUAGCUUCCAGAAAGAUAAGGGGAAACAGAAAAGGUAAAGCUGUAGUUAAGUUUUUGUUUGAUAUGUAGAAGAAAGAGAGCAUAUUCAACGGAUAUUUUUAAACAGAAUAAUACAUACAAUUGCAGGCAUAGGAGCCCAAAUCCACCAAAGAAUUAAAAACAAACUUGAAAAAUAUUUAAGCUAUAAAUAAAUGUAUAAAAUGAGAUACGAAAACAGAACUGAAUGCGUAAACAGAUAGAGGCGUUUGGCUUAUAGUCAAACCACUUUGCAAAUAGACAAUGCAAAAUGAGAAGGAAAGCUAGAUGCAAAAAACCAAACUAAACAAACAAACAAAUAAGACAUACACGUGUUUAUGUUUUAUAAAUUUAAUGUAUAACUUUUGCUAAAAAUAAAUGAUGUAUGCAUAAUA